CCUGCUGGGCUCAUCCAGGGUGGGUGUGCCCCUCCCUGCUGUGGAGACCCCCACCAGUGCAGAGGGCUCCCCACGAUUCAGACUCACUGUUCCUCCCCAGCGCUGGGCUCUGACCCCCAUGUUGAAAUGAAGGACCGUGAGGCUGGAGGGAUCCGUGUGGAGUGCACGUCUGCCGGCUGGUACCCGCAGCCCCAGAUCCAGUGGAGAGACGCCAGGGGACACAGCUUGUCUGCUGAGGUGGCCACAGGGGCUGCCGACCCCCAGGGCCUUUAUGCAGCCUCAGCCUCUGUGAUCCUGGGAGCUGGCUCUGGGGAGGGGGUCUGCUGUGUCAUCAGAAACCCCCUGCUGGGCCAGGAGAGGUCAGCCAGGCUUUCCAUCCCAGGCCCCUUCUUCCGGAACGCGCAGCCCUGGGUGGUGGCCCUGAGCGUGACUCUGCCGGCUCUGCUGGGGCUCCUGGCGGGGGCGGGGUACUUCCUGUGGCGACAGCAGAAGAAGAUCCAGGCCCUGUCCCAGGAGAAGGAGAGGGAGCGAGCGGAGAAAGAAGCAGCUCAGUUGGAGAAAGAAGCAGCUCGGGCGGAGAAAGAAGCAGCUCAGGCGGAGAAAGAAGCAGCUCAGGCCAAGGAGCAGCGGGAGCGAGGCGCCAAAGAGAAGCUGCAGGACGAACUCAGUAAGUGACGAUCCCCGGCCCACGCAUCCUGGGGUCUCUGCAUU